AUGUCCAAUGAGUACUAUUUUUCAUUGCUAAAAUAGCAAAUAAUAGUUUUAGAAACACAUUAUUAAAGAUGACAAUGAAGUUUACCAAAUUCUUGAUUACACUGAUAUGGUUGAAUUGCACUUAAAUAAAGUAUGA